AUGUCUGGUUUGCUCAACAAACUAUCUCCGGCCAUACGGGCCAACAAGAGCGAUGACCUUCCUCUGUUUUACACUGACCAGUCCAUGGGUUUCCAGAGAGGUCAUAGAAACACACCUAAAGUCUCAGUCACACUUGCAGAGCUUCUCAUGAGUAUGGAAUAUGAUCAGAACGGCCGGAGUCAGGCUUUGGAUAUCGCACUUGCCUCCAAUUUCUUCUCCUCGGUUUCUUCUUAUCCCUUGACUUCUCCUUCUCCGUUCGUCCUCUCCUUCAAAGACUUGACUUACAGCGUGAAGAUCAAGAAUAUGUUUAACCCACUUCCCUGUUGCGGGAGCUCCGAUGGUGAUGGUAUGGAGAUGAAUACCAAGAUACUCCUCAAUGGUAUCUCCGGUGAAGCCAAAGAAGGAGAGAUGAUGGCCGUUCUUGGAGCAAGCGGGUCAGGGAAGUCAACACUCAUCGAUGCAUUAGCCAACCGUAUCGCAAAAGAGAGCCUACACGGUUCCAUCACUCUAAACGGUGAAGUUCUUGAAUCCAGCCUUCAUAAAGUCAUAUCAGCUUACGUGAUGCAAGACGAUCUUCUCUUCCCGAUGCUCACCGUGGAAGAAACUUUAAUGUUCUCCGCGGAGUUCAGGCUCCCAAGAUCACUCUCCAAGAAGAAGAAGCAAGCACGUGUCCAAGCUUUGAUCGACCAGCUCGGUCUGAGGAACGCAGCCACGACCGUGAUUGGUGAUGAGGGACAUAGAGGUGUGUCGGGAGGAGAAAGAAGACGUGUCUCAAUCGGAAUCGACAUAAUACAUGACCCGAUUAUUCUCUUCCUCGAUGAGCCAACCUCGGGUUUGGACUCUACAAGUGCUUACAUGGUUGUUAAAGUGCUUCAGAGAGUUGCAAAGAGUGGUAGCAUAGUUAUCAUGUCUAUACAUCAGCCAAGUUACAGAAUCUUAGGCUUGCUAGACAAGUUACUCUUCCUGUCAAGAGGGAACACAGUUUACAGUGGCUCACCGACAAAUCUCCCUCGGUUCUUCUCAGAGUAUGUGUUUAAGGUGAGUUUGGUCUCGGUGAAGUAA